GUCUUGAUGCGUGUAGUCAUCGAGCUUCUCAAUUUGGAAUGUCGGCAUCUUAUAAUGCGUUGUGCUGUUGCCAUCCUUGUUAGGCAACUGCAGUUGCUGAACCUCGGUCUUCAAGGUAUCCAACUGUUUGCUGAAGGUGGUUGGCGCAGCGAAGGUGCUGAUGUUGCCGAGCAUUGCAACGACGUGGUCGACGCGUUGCUCCAGUUGGCGGGCAGAGGGUGCAUUGCUGGACUCGCCAGCCUCCGGUCUUGGUGCAACUUACUCCAAGUCCUGCAUACGGGAAUCAAGUGCCCGUGCUGCAUCCUCAUGUUGAGCCUUGUGGUUCCGGAUGGCCCGCUGCAUAUUCGCCAGCUCGGACUGCAGGUGGUUACAAGUGUAAACCAACCGAGUCACGAGUUUGGCCAUGAAUUCCCUGUGCUGCUCUUCCGGUGUCGCGUCGUCGUGCCCUUCAGAUGGUUCAAAGUGCCAAUACUUGAGUCUUUCGAUGCUGGCGGCUUCAUGCCACUGCAGCAGAUCCUGGGCUUCCUUUCGGCGUGCCUGGGUAUCUGCGUCUGCUUCGGCCUGAAGCCGCUGCUUCAGCCUGUAGGCGGGCAGCCUCGGGUGCCAGCUGGCGCUGUUCCUCAGCUUCGAUCAGUGCGAGCUGAGUCUGGAACCGCUGGUGAAGAGAUGGCGGAUUUGCCAAGUGUUCGAUAUGCGCAAAAGCAGCUUGGGUACACGGUGACCUAUCAAGCCAGGUUCAUUCCAUACCGCGACCAUGUUAUUGGCGAUCGACUUUUCACCUCCAUUGUGGAGAAUUUGGUGACUAAGCGUUCAUUUGCGAUGGCUGGUCCUGGAAGAUUUGACACGUCAGAGUUCUCGCGACAGGUUUUUGAUUCAAGCGCUGUCAAAGAUGGGCCGCCAUCCAUCAAGGCAAUUCAGCGCAUUGCAAUGUUUGCUGUUCCAGGAGGGAGCUCAGGUCCCAAUGGGUUAUCUACAAUUGAUGUCCUCGCGAUGGCUGGCAAACCAACCACUGUAUAUAAAUAUACUGUUCGCUUACGUCGAGCAUCCCAAUCCCUGCGAGUCGCGGCCGCACCUGGAGCAGCUACUCACUCGUAGUCAACCGUUAACGACUUGACAUUCAUCGAAUGUGGUCAGCACCACGCCAGAACCCGCGCCUGUGUAGUUGGCUAAGGCUUCUUGUCUUCUUCAUCCUUUGCAAGGCUUUUUUGCAUUUAGCAAGAAAACCGAAAGAAGGCAAGGUUGUAACUGCGAUAUCAUUUUGGCAAUGGGCGACUCAAACUCGAGCUUUCUGGAAUUUGGCUCCAGCAUUAUUUUUGGUGACGAUCGUCUCUAAUACGAGCUUCCAUACCUGAGAUGGGGAUAAUGUACACAUAUUAUGAAACAGAUCUGCACCUGGCUAAUUGGAAGCCGACAGGGAGGUUUGUGUGGAAUGUGGAGGAGGGAUGGGGAGAGAGUGGACAAGUCAGAAAAAGACGAGGUAAAAGGCGGGUAAGAUCAAGCAAGAAGGUGAUGCAUGGGGUUUUUUGUAAGAGUCCAAGACGGCAAGCAACCCAAUCUGCUGAGCAUGUGUAAAGGCAUAGCAAAUCCCGCUGAUAUGGUUUGUGUUCCCUCAACUUCCUUGCAUGGAAAAGCAUAAUGGCCCAUGAGGGUAGUCAAUGUGUUAUGUAAUUUUCAGACUUCUUCUUGAAUCAAAUGCACAGCUUCAU